UCUCAUUUCCUCCUUGCUUAUUUCUUAUCUUCAAAAAUCCAACACUACUCAGUGUUCAGUACACAUACUCAACACACACAUACAAUUAAUAAAAAUGCGCCUCCUUUUGAGGCCACCACCACCAUGCUUCCAAUCUCAACAAUCUUGCACAAGACCAAAUUCUCAUUUCUCAACAACUUCAUCAUCAUCUUCAUGUACAUCAUCAUCUUUUAGUAUAUUUAGCUUUAAACCAUUAAAUAAAAGAUUUCAUUUCUUGAACCCAACUCAUUCUUCACUUAAACAAACCAAUAAACAACAAACAACAACACUUCAGACUAAAAACAACACCCCACCUCAAAGCAGUAUCAAAAGACUGUUGAAUUUGAAUAAUACUAAUAUUAGUAACAAUAAUAAUAAUAAUAGUAAUAAUAAUGAUGAUGAGAAUGAUGAUGAGAAUGAAAAUGGGAAUGCAAUUAAAGGGACUAUUGUUGCUGGGUUAUUGCUUAUUGGGGUUGUUGGUGGAUUUGGGACUGUUGGGUAUAUUUAUAGAGAUCAAAUUAAUGCUUUCUUGAUUCAGUUUUCCAGCUUCAUUGAAGGAUAUGGACCUGCUGGAUAUGCACUUUUUGUUGCAGUUUAUGCUGGCCUAGAAGUACUGGCAAUACCAGCAAUCCCGUUGACCAUGUCAGCUGGUCUGCUGUUUGGCUCAGUCACAGGCACAAUCCUAGUCUCUAUAAGUGGGACUGUAGCAGCAAGUGUUGCAUUUCUGAUUGCUAGAUACUUUGCUCGUGAUCGAAUACUUAAAAUGGUUGAAGGAAACAAGAAGUUUCUUGCAAUUGAUAAAGCAAUUGGAGAAAAUGGUUUCAGGGUUGUCACCCUCCUUCGUUUGAGCCCAUUGCUUCCAUUUUCUCUUGGAAAUUACUUGUAUGGACUUACAUCAGUGAAGUUUGUUCCAUACGUCUUGGGAAGUUGGUUGGGGAUGCUACCUGGAACAUGGGCUUAUGUUAGUGCUGGUGCAUUUGGUCGAGCAAUCAUUCAAGAAGAAUCAGAAUUGGGUCUAACAGGGGGGACUAAUCAGCUGCUGACUCUGGGUGUGGGAUUACUGGCAACAGCCCUGGCUGCAAGCUAUGUUACACGGUUAGCCAAGGAUGCCAUGAAAGACAUUGAUGAAUAAGAGAUACAGUUGCCAAUUGUUUAUGCUUGCAUAAUCUAAGACCUUCAAGUUACAAAAUCCAUGGCUAUCACUAUCAGUAUCAGCUCUGUGUAAAUUCGAAACGACCACAUGUUGGAGAAACUGUAAAUUCGAACACCCUUUUUAUUAUAGAUAUGAAUUUAAGCAUAUCUCCCCGUCCUGUCAUUCUACAGUGACCGAGAACUGUAAUCGUUACAGACGGCCAAGUCUAUUAGCAUUUCUAUGAGCUAUUCUUAUGAGCCGUUAUCUGGUUACAGAAAAGUUCUAAACCUUAUAUUUUCAGCUUGGAAAUGAAGUUACAAAUAUAUCUGGCAAAAAUUUUUCAUGUA